AUGAAGGGGCCGGUGGACAGCGGGGUGGCUGCCGUCAUGCAGGAGAACUUCGGUUGCGCCGUCGCCAACCGCUUCUACCAGCUGCUGGACGACGAGUCGGACCCCUUCGACAUCCUGCGCGAGGCCGAGCGCCGCCAGCAGCAGCGCAAGAAGCGCGACGAGGCGGCGGCCGCCAGGAGAGCCGGUCCCGGCGGCAGGGCGGGCGGCGGCGGCGGCAAGAGAGAGUCCCAGAAGGAGCGCAAGCAGCUCGGGAACCCCUCGGUCGCCGGGGGGCCGCCGCAGCCCGGCCAGAAGCGAGCACCCAAGGCAGGAGAACAGCAAGGGUUCAGUAACAGACGACUAGAGGUGAAACAAGACAAAACUGAAGGGAGACCAUCUUUCAGGGAGUACCGUACCUAUGAAACAGAAAGACAAGCGGAAUUCACGGUGGAAAGUCUUUUUAGACCAACUGAAAGAUUAGACUGCGGAAGGCCAAUAAGAGGUCGUGGCGGAGGAAGAGGUGGAAUGCGAGGUAGAGGAAGAGGUGGUGGAAUAAAUAGAAGUUUUGAUGGCUCUGAUCAAAGAGGAAAACAGGAAUUUGAAAGACGUGGGAAUGAUAAAACCGGGAUGGAACAGACUGCUCCUAUGGAAGAGACUGCAGAAAGAGCUGAGCAGCCAGGGGCAUCUGAAGGAGAGCCUCGGAACAAAGUUGCUGAAGGAGAGCCAAUGGAAGAAGUAGUUCAAGAAAUGACGUUAGAUGAGUGGAAAAAUCUUCAGCAACAGAAUCGACCAAAGCCUGAAUUCAACAUCCGGAAGCCAGAAUCCACUGUUCCUUCCAAAGCAGUGGUGAUUCACAAGUCAAAAUAUAGCGAUGAUUUGCAAAAAGAAGACUUUGAAGAUGAUUUUCAUGUCUUUCGAAGACCAGUGAAUGACAUAACAUCUCAGCUGGAUAUUAAUUUUGGGAGUCUUCCUCGCCCUGGCCGUGGAUCAAGAGGAGCACGAGGUGGUCGUGGUCGUGGCAGACAAGCUGAGGGGGCAGGACCUCGACCAGAAGUAGUGGUGCAGCUUGUUGCUCCAAAUCCUGAUGAUCCUGAGGAUUUUCCAGCGUUAGCUUGAAGAACCAUCAUGAAUGGUGGUAUCUCAAAGUAGCUUUGGUGCAACUGUGAAGAGACCAGUUUUAUGCUGGUGUGGAUAAAGAAAGUUGGUUUCUACUUGAAAAGCUGUUUGGGUGUUUGGUGUGGCAUGAUUGCAGCCCUCUGCUAAUGGAGUUGGGUUCUGGAGAUACCAGUGGACUGAGAUCCUUGUCACAGGUUCCAGUGUCUGCCUCCAUUUGUGAAAACUGUGUGAAGGCGUGCAGUACUUCACUACAAUUCUUCAAAUGAAGUUCACGAGUACAGUGUUUAAAAAUGUGUAUAUAGAGAUUAUAUCAAGUUCUCCAUGACACCAUGGUGAAAUGUAAACUGUACAAUAUGGUCUGCAGUUGGGACUCUAUUUCACUGUACAUUUGAAAGCCGCUUUCCCUGUUUCUUUGAGUGAAGUGUGUAUUUCACACAGUCACAAGCUGCAGUUCUUCAGAGUUUGGCAAAUAAAAGAA